AUGUCUUCAACUAGACUCAGCACAAGCCUCUGCAGGGUGGCUGCCAACGCAUGCCAUCAGGCCCGUCCGCUGCAAAGACAGCUUCGAAGCAUUCACAGCCAGAUGAUCUCUAAGAGGCCCACACAGCUACCCUCCAGACAGCUUCAAUGGCCCUCGGCGCGUUUCUUCUCGGCUUCGGCCGUCCAGGCGCAUGGCCACAUCACCCCUCCGAAGCCCGGCGAAGAGCUGUGGGUAACAUUCGUCGACAAGGACGGAGACGAGUUCAAGAUCGCUGUAAGCGAAGGCGAUAAUCUGCUCGAUGUCGCGCAAGACAACGACUUGGAGAUGGAGGGUGCCUGCGGAGGCUCUUGCGCCUGCUCAACGUGCCACGUCAUUGUUGCCGAAGAGGCAUACUACGAUAAGAUGCCCGAGCCCGAAGACGACGAGAACGACAUGCUCGACCUGGCCUUCGGAUUGACUGAGACAAGUCGACUGGGUUGCCAGAUAAACAUGACAAAGGAGCUGAACGGCCUCAAGAUCAAGCUGCCCUCAAUGACACGGAACCUCCAGGCCAGCGACUUCAAAUAG